AUGAUGGAGAAAGGGCCCCCCAACUCCAGCGAAGGCCAGCAGGGCUGGUUUUCUGCCAGGAAUGGCAGCAGCAGCUCCCUGGACCUGGAGUCUGUGGUGCGACCCCUGGCCCUGAACCCGUGGGACGUGGUGCUCUGCGUCUCCGGGACCAUCAUCUCCUGCGAGAACGCCAUCGUGGUGGUGGUCAUCUUCUACACGCCGGCCUUCCGCGCCCCCAUGUUCCUCCUCAUCGGCAGCUUGGCCACGGCCGACCUCCUGGCGGGUUUGGGGUUGAUCCUGCACUUUGCCUUCGUCUACUUCGCGCCGUCGGAGGCGGUCAGCCUGCUCACGGUGGGGCUGCUGGUCACCUCCUUCACGGCCAGCGUCUGCAGCCUGCUGACCAUCACCAUCGACCGCUACCUGUCCCUCUACAACGCCCUGACCUACUACUCGGAGAGGACGGUCACCAGGACUUACAUCAUGCUGAUCCUCACCUGGGGAGCCUCCAUCUGCUACGGGCUCCUGCCCGUCAUGGGCUGGAACUGCCUGAAGGAGCCGCCCGCCUGCAGCGUCGUCAGGCCGCUGACGAAGAACCACCUCAUCAUCCUCUCCGCGUCCUUCUUCGCGGUGUUCGCGGCGAUGCUCCAGCUGUACGUGCAGAUCUGCCGGAUCGUGUGCCGGCACGCCCACCAGAUCGCCGUGCAGAGACACUUCCUGGCCAGCUCCCACUACGUCACCACCAGGAAAGGCAUCGCCACCCUGGCCGUCAUCCUGGGCACCUUCGCGUCCUGCUGGCUGCCCUUCGCCGUCUACUGCCUGCUGGGGGACUACACCUACCCGGCCCUCUACACCUACGCCACCCUCCUCCCCGCCACCUACAACUCCAUGAUCAACCCCGUCAUCUACGCCUUCAGGAACCAGGAGAUCCAGAAAGUGCUGUGGGCCGUGUGCUGCGGCUGCUUCUCCUCCGCGCCGCCCUUCCGCUCCCGCUCCCCCAGCGACGUCUGAUGUGUCCCCCCCGACCACCUCCCUGCACCUUCCACUCACCGGCUGCACUCGGGGGAUCCGCUUUUGUUCCCCCUUCUCACUCCCAGAGGCAACGGUUGCAGG